AAGCAGGCCAUCGAGAAACAUGGUUUGACUCUGGAAGCUUUAAACGAAAUGAAAUACUUGGACAAGUGUAUUUCUGAAACUGUCAGAUUAUAUCCACCAGUUCCUAUCGUAGAUCGUGUAGCUCUACAAGAUUACGAGAUUCCCGAAACGGGUUUCGUAAUCAAGAAAGGAACCCCAGUCUUCGUGUCUCUGUUCGGCUUGCAAAGGGAUCCAAAACUCUUCGAGGACCCGGAGACGUUUAGGCCGGAAAGGUUCGACAGCGACAAAACCAUAACUGACGGUUACAUGCCCUUUGGAGAGGGUCCUAGGAAAUGUAUUGCUGUGCAAGUAAGCCAGCUGCACGUCAAGCUGGUGCUUUCCAUGAUCCUGUCCAAAUACCAAGUGCGUCAAGUCGAGUCAGCGAACUACAAACUGGACCACCGGUCAUCUUUCACUGCUGCAGCGACCGGGAUUAAUCUCGAAUACAUAAAAUUAACAUAAGUAAUUUGUACUGACCCGUGGCUAUGUAAAUUAUUUUUUGAUCGUUUAUUUUAUUUUAAUAAAGCUUGUUCUGUUA